AUGAGCGUCAACGAAACAUUGAGGUUUUGUGAUUGGCGCAUAGAAAUCUAUAAUUGCGUUAUGAGUGAUAUGUUUAGAAUGGAAGCGAUGACUUCAUUGAUAACUUAUGGAAUAUUAGCAAUUACUGGAUCAUUUAUAUUUGGUUACCGUUAUAAACAUAUGUGGAAAGGUUUAUUUAUCAACCAUUGCGGCGGGAUAAGACCCCUUCCAGUUGACAGUUUAUUGUUUUUUUGGACAAUUGCCUGCUAUCUUCGUGCAUUACACUCGUUGCUUAUGAUAUUGGAUGUUUACACAACUUAUUUACAAAAAGAAACUGUUCAAGAAAUCGGCUGGACUGUGUUAUGUUAUGGUGCUGUAACUUAUAUCAUAGGAAUAAUUUACACGAUUCCAGCUAAUUAUUCUCGCGGACUAACUUCAUCAAAGAGUAGAAAAUCUAGAACCAAUAAUAGUAAUGACGAUGGUUACAAAAUACGUACUAUUUAUAUUCCAUCACCAACCGUCUUAAAUAUUGUAUUGCUUUGCUGGUGUCUAUAUCCUACUUUAACAUGCUUUCCAUUUGCCAUAUUAUCGGGAAUUGCCAGAGACAAUGGAGAUGAAAAAUUAGCUAAUAAUUGGACAAUGGCUCAGUAUAUAGCUUAUUCAAUUCAUGAUUUGGUAUUAUCGGCUGUUGGAAUUUAUUAUGGAAUUAAUUUCAUGUUAAUAUUAAGACAAUCAGUUAAUCAAUUCAAGUCAUCAACUGCUGCAUCAUCAUCUGCAACUUCGGCUACUAAUACUAACGCCGUUAAAUCUUCAGCGAAUUAUUAUCAAUCAAAUGGUAAUGUUACGCGCGAAGCAUUAGAUAGGCUCAAAUAUACAAUGACUUACAUUGCUAUAUUACCUUUGGUUGCUGCGCCAUGGUGGUUUACUUUUGGUGUUUAUCGUCAAAAAUUUAUCACUGUUGCAAGUUUCUCUAAUUUAUUUUUAUCUUCCAUGUGGCAUGUAACUGGUGUGCAGCCAUUGGUCGCUGUGUGCCAAUAUGUGUUAGUAAAAAGAGUUUAUCAACAUUAUAAAAGUAAUAAAAUCGAUAAUGGUGGAAAUUUAUCUAAUGAUGAUGAUAAUAAGGGAAGACGUAUGAGCGACGACGCUUCCCAAUUCUCAGUGGAUCUUGAUUUUCACGAAAAAGUUGAAGACGAUGAUUUUAAUCAAGGGUCUAAGAUGUUCAACGUUUAA